AGCUUCUACAUAUAUGUAAAUAAAAAAUAUAUAUGACUGAGUAUAUAAAAACCACAUUUUUUUUUUCUUCUGCAUCUAAAUGUUACAAAAAUUGAAUAGGAAAAAUUAAGAGAGCUUUACUCUGUGAAUAAAUAAAAAAACAGAGAAAAAGAGCUCUAAGGUGAGACAAGCCUUGUCUUCUUCAACUCCCUAAGUCUCAUCUCACCAUCUCUCUCUUCUUCUUUUUUUUGGUUACCCAGAAGAGAUUCACUUCUAUCUCCAACAAUUUCGUAUUCUCUCAUAAUAUUCAAUUUUAAAUCGAAUAAAACUCGCGUCAAUUUCCCCUCUUUCUUUCUGGGUAUAUAUUCUUUUCUGCUUUUCUUUUUUUGUUUCUUGGGUUCGAGCUACAUAGAGAGAGGUAUGAUGAAUCCGAGUCACGGAAGAGGACUCGGAUCGGCUGGUGGGUCCAGCUCCGGUAGAAAUCAAGGAGGUGGUGGUGAGACCGUCGUCGAGAUGUUUCCUUCUGGUCUUCGAGUUCUUGUCGUUGACGAUGACCCAACUUGUCUCAUGAUCUUAGAGAGGAUGCUUAGGACUUGUCUUUACGAAGUAACGAAAUGCAACAGAGCAGAGAUGGCAUUGUCUCUGCUCCGGAAGAACAAACAUGGAUUCGAUAUAGUAAUCAGUGAUGUUCAUAUGCCUGACAUGGACGGUUUCAAGCUUCUUGAGCAUGUUGGUCUAGAGAUGGACUUACCUGUUAUCAUGAUGUCUGCGGAUGAUUCAAAGAGUGUGGUUCUAAAGGGAGUAACGCACGGUGCGGUUGAUUACCUUAUCAAGCCUGUACGUAUGGAGGCACUUAAGAACAUAUGGCAGCAUGUAGUUAGGAAGAGGAGAAGUGAAUGGAGUGUACCGGAACAUUCUGGGAGCAUUGAGGAGACUGGCGAGAGACAGCAGCAGCAACAUAGAGGAGGUGGUGGUGGUGCAGCUGUUUCUGGUGGAGAGGAUGCGGUGGAUGAUAACUCAUCCUCGGUUAACGAAGGUAACAAUUGGAGGAGCAGUUCACGGAAGAGGAAAGACGAGGAAGGAGAAGAGCAAGGAGAUGAUAAGGACGAAGAUGCGUCGAAUUUGAAGAAACCGCGUGUCGUCUGGUCUGUUGAAUUGCAUCAGCAGUUUGUUGCUGCUGUUAAUCAGCUCGGCGUUGAGAAGGCGGUUCCUAAAAAGAUCUUAGAGCUGAUGAAUGUUCCUGGUCUAACCCGAGAAAACGUAGCAAGUCACCUCCAGAAAUACCGGAUAUAUCUAAGACGGCUUGGAGGGGUAUCGCAGCACCAAGGCAAUCUUAACAACUCGUUUAUGACGGGUCAGGAUGCGAGCUUCGGACCUCUUUCGACAUUGAAUGGGUUUGAUCUUCAAGCACUAGCCGUCACAGGUCAGUUACCUGCACAGAGUCUUGCACAGCUUCAAGCCGCUGGUUUAGGCCGGCCUGCGAUGGUCUCUAAGUCAGGUUUGCCGGUUUCCUCCAUUGUGGAUGAGAGAAGCAUCUUCAGCUUUGACAACACGAAAACAAGAUUUGGAGAAGGGCUUGGGCAUCACGGGCAACAACCCCAACAGCAACCACAGAUGAACUUACUUCACGGUGUCCCCACGGGUUUACAACAGCAGCUUCCUAUGGGUAAUCGAAUGAGUAUUCAACAACAGAUUGCUGCUGUUCGAGCUGGAAAUAGUGUUCAAAACAACGGAAUGCUGAUGCCUCUAGCGGGUCAGCAGUCUUUGCCUCGGGGACCACCGCCUAUGCUAACCUCUUCGCAAUCAUCCAUCAGGCAGCCGAUGUUAUCAAACCGCAUUUCCGAGAGAAGUGGUUUCUCUGGAAGGAACAAUAUCCCCGAGAGCAGCAGAGUGUUACCGACAAGUUACACUAAUCUCACAACACAACACUCAUCAAGCUCGAUGCCUUAUAACAACUUCCAACCAGAACUUCCCGUGAACAGUUUCCCGCUGGCAAGUGCACCAGGGAUAUCAGUACCGGUUCGGAAAGCCACUUCUUACCAGGAAGAGGUUAACAGCUCCGAAGCGGGUUUCACUACGCCGAGCUACGACAUGUUCACCACCAGACAGAAUGAUUGGGAUCUGAGGAAUAUUGGAAUAGCCUUUGACUCACAUCAGGACUCAGAAUCCGCUGCGUUUUCCGCUUCAGAAGCCUACUCUUCUUCGUCCAUGUCAAGACACAACACGACAGUUGCAGCCACCGAGCAUGGCCGAAACCACCAGCAGCCACCAUCGGGAAUGGUACAGCACCAUCAGGUUUAUGCAGACGGAAACGGUGGUUCAGUGAGGGUGAAAUCAGAGAGAGUGGCUACGGAUACAGCAACAAUGGCGUUUCACGAGCAGUAUAGUAAUCAAGAAGAUCUUAUGAGCGCACUUCUUAAGCAGGUUUGAUUUGAUUUUUUUUUUUUUGUCAAACUUAUAUAGAAGCAUAAUCUGAUCCGUCAACGUACAUGUUUGCGUUCAAAAUCAAAUAUAUAACAACUCUCAGACGCUUUCUCACCAUUGGUCGCAUGUCUUUUUCAUAAUAAUGCAAAUUACAACUAAAUAACAAAAAAAAUCAGUGAACCAAAAAAGUUGAAAAACACAAUCUUGAAUUAUUGAUAUACAGGAAGGGAUUGCACCGGUUGAUGGCGAAUUCGACUUUGACGCAUA